UGCAACCAGCUGUAAGCGGUUCGGAGUGGAGCAAAGCUGAGUGGAGUGCUUGGAGGUGGCAUGCCAACCGGAGGGGACCAGCUGGCGCUCAGCGCUAGCAGGAUGGAGCCUUAUUCUGCUCCCUGCCCCGUCUGCCCCGCCUGGUUUGGCAGCAGGUGGGUGCGCAAGUCCCGCAAGAAAGCCUCAGCCAACAUCUUCCAGGACGUGGAGCUGGGGCAGAUGCAAGCGCUGUUCAGGAAGAGCGGAGACGAGAACGCCGAGGAGCGGGCGAGGAUCAUCUGGGAGAGAGAGAAGCAUGGGGACCAGGACAUUACACAAGCUCUGAUGGAGCUCAAGUCCAAGAAGACUCAGCUCUUCUUCCAGCACAAUAAAACUGGAGUUGAAUUCUUGGGGCUGAUGUGGAUGAAAGCCUUUAACAGACUGCGUAUCAAGGAUGGAGGGAAGGGUUCUGAGUUCGAAUCUAUCAGCAGCGUGGAACGAUCGCAAAGGAGCAAGAUUAAGAGAAAAAGACUCAGUGCAAAGAGAUCCUUCAGAAAACUGCUCUAAAAACAGGGAUUGUUAAAUACGGAGGCUGCUGCAAAACUCGAAUUUAAUUUGCACCAAACAAAAACAACUGCAACUUGCUGGGGAGAUGAAUCGUCUGCAUUUUUAAUAUAUUUCGGAUACGAAGCGUUUGUCUGCCUGUUCUGCUUUUGUGAUUUUUUUUAUUAUUUAAAAUUCUAAACACUAAAAAAAAGUCUCUUUUUGGAUGACCGAUUUCAUUCCGUUAUACGUUUUCUGCAUUUCAAUAAAUUUGUCAUAAAAACUACAA